ACGGCGUUCUGUUGCAAUGAGAAAGCCUCUUUGUGUGUUGUCAACGUAUAUAAGACAUUUCUGCCGCAGUUUCUUUCUUUGGAAUAAUGUCGGCUGAAUAUGAUAAUAGAGACAAUGGCCCAGAGGGCAUGGAGCCAGAUGGGAUCAUUGAGAGCAACUGGAAUCAGAUCGUGGACAGUUUUGAUGAGAUGAGCUUGCGCGAGACUCUGCUCAGAGGAAUUUAUGCAUAUGGUUUUGAGAAGCCUUCCGCGAUCCAGCAGAGAGCCAUUGUCCCUUGCAUCAAGGGUUACGAUGUGAUUGCUCAGGCACAGUCUGGCACUGGGAAGACUGCCACCUUUGCCAUUUCCAUCCUCCAGCAGAUUGAUGUGGAACUGAAGGACACCCAGGCUCUGGUCCUGGCUCCCACAAGGGAGCUGGCUCAGCAGAUCCAGAAGGUGGUGCUGGCCCUGGGUGACUACAUGGGUGCCAGCUGCUAUGCCUGUAUUGGCGGAACCAGCAUUCGCAGUGAAGUCCAGAAGCUGCAGGCUGAAGCCCCACACAUCGUGGUGGGAACCCCUGGCCGCGUCUUCGACAUGCUGACUCGCAAGAACCUCUCUUCUAAGCACAUCAAAAUGUUUGUGCUGGAUGAGGCCGACGAGAUGCUUAGUCGAGGGUUCAAGGACCAGAUCUACGAGAUCUUCUUGAAACUGUCGAGCAGCACGCAGGUUGUCCUCCUCUCGGCCACCAUGCCAGCUGAUGUUUUGGAGGUCACAAAGAAGUUCAUGCGUGAACCUGUCCGAAUCCUGGUGAAGAAGGAGGAGCUGACCCUUGAGGGCAUCCGCCAGUUCUACAUCAAUGUGGAGAAAGAGGAGUGGAAGCUGGACACGCUGUGUGACUUGUAUGAAACCCUGACAAUCACACAAGCUGUCAUCUUCAUCAACACAAGGAGGAAAGUGGACUGGCUCACUGAGAAGAUGCACGCCAGAGAUUUCACCGUGUCUGCUCUGCAUGGUGACAUGGACCAGAAAGAGAGAGACUUGAUCAUGAGGGAGUUCCGCUCUGGCUCCAGUCGAGUCCUCAUUACCACUGACCUGCUGGCCAGAGGUAUUGAUGUCCAGCAGGUGUCCCUGGUCAUCAACUAUGACCUGCCGACCAACAGGGAGAACUACAUCCACAGGAUUGGUCGGGGUGGUCGUUUCGGAAGGAAAGGAGUAGCCAUCAACAUGGUGACUGAGGAUGACAAGCGAACCCUGAGGGACAUUGAGACGUUCUACAACACCACCGUUGAGGAGAUGCCCAUGAAUGUGGCCGAUCUUAUCUAGAAGAAUCCACACGCCCUUCGUCCACACCCACCCCGCCUAUUUUAGAAGUCAAACGUUGUUUCUUAUACAAUCUGAAUUCUAAGAACUUCCUUUUGCUAAAUUCCACCCUGACUUUACCCUCUACACUCUAAGGGAAGGAAGAAUGCAGCCAUUAUUCCUUCCUAACCUUUGUAAAUUUUUUUUGCCGUCUUGGAAGGAUGAGUUACUGACUGCCUCAUCAGCUUGCUGUAGUCAAUUACCCACAUAUUGGCACCAAAAUUGUCCCUGCAGCUAAUCCCCCGCCCCCAGUUUAACACAUCCAUUUGAACACUUCAGACUGAUAUUUUGCAAACUGAGAACUUAAAACGAAUGCAUUUGUUACUGUGUCCCACAAGUGCAAAACAUGACUGCGUUUCCAAAAGCACAUUUAAAAUAAAUAAUGAAUAUAACAUUUAAAUAAAUAGCUCUGACUGUCAGGAUAAGCUUGUCAUAAAUUAUCAACUUGGCCCGAUUGAUAAAACACAAUGCUAAUAUGAUGAUUGGCGCUUUUGUGAAAUGUGGCUGUGAUUUGCACCUGCACAGCCGGUCGCCAGGUGCUGCACCGCCGGUGACUGAUAGAUGAGCGGUUUAGACUGCAGUUCAGUUUAACAUAACAAUGAUCGAAAUGAAGUGCUGCAUUUUGACCGAUCAGUAUUUAAAACAACCUUCAGUGUACUUAAAAACAGCCUUUAACACACAUCCAUGAUCAUGUUAAGAACAGCGGUUUUGGGACUAGCGUACACAGGGCAUAUUCAAUAAAAAGACCUGUAUAGUAAAAUCCAUCAUGAAUGAGUUGUUUACCAUUUUGAUCCUUUUACUGCUGUUUCAUAUAAUAUAUAUAAUUUUUAUUUUUUUUUGUAUUGCUCUUGUACAUACUGCUUGACUUGUACAGUCACGUGUGCAGUAGCAUUCAGUUGGAGACUGGUGGCCACAGAUGUUUGGAGGCAGAAACAACGGUGAGUUCUGUGGAGGCUGCCUCUGGACCACGAUGACCCGGUUGGAUUUUUCAUCUUAGCUGUUUUUUUUUUUUUUUUUUUUUUUUUUUUUUUUUUUUUUUUGUUAAUCUAGACUUAUUUUUAAACUACUUGGGUUUUUUUUUUUUUUGAUAAGAUGGUAGAAAAGUUUUGUAACCUACCUCGCCAAAUUGUUGGGAGAGGGGCCGUCUGACAUGAAAGGACCAAACUACAGAUAAAAUAUACAGAGCCCCCCCCCCCCCCCGUUCUACUGUAAGCGCCCUCAUUAAAAUGCUUGUCAUCAUGGGGUUGGGUGUCUGGUUUAGGAGAACUGUCAUGUUUUGGGGUGUAUAGUCAGUGCUAUUUUUUAAAAAUGAAUUUAAGGAAUUGUUAACCUUUUUUUCGGACAGAAACAGUGUAUCAAGUUUUCUACAUUGGAUUCUGUAUAGUAUUUAUUUUAAUGGUCUUAAAAAUAAAGGUUUCUCCUUUUUUAACAGUG